AUACAUAUUUCUGUUACAUUCCGUAAGUUGUCGAGCUACGCGCAUUAUUUUGAAAUAAAUAUUACAACAAACUACUCAUAAGCGAUAAUUACUAAAACGUAUUGCGAUGAGUGGCCGGCGAGUACUAACUUUUUAUGGACCAUAUACAGAAGACAAAUAUAAUCAGUUUUUCAAUCCAAACGUUUGUCAUGUUUGCAAACAGCGCAAGAAAGACUUGAUAACGUGUAAUCGGUGCUACAUGAUUUCUUACUGUUCCGAGGAGCAUAAGGCGAUACACAGAAACUCACAUUCAAAGAUCUGCACAAUUAUAGCAAGGGUAAUAACAGAAACGUCGUUCUGGAAUAUGUAUGCUAGCUUGGAAGAGUGGAUAGAAUCACGGAAAAGAAUUUUACAUCAAGUAAUAUCUAAUCUGUAUCCACGUUACAUACAACAAUACGAAAUUGAGAUGAUAAUGUGCGCAAAAUCGUGUUGUGUGUGUUUCCGACAGGCAAGCGUAAAGCUCUGCAACACUUGUUAUUCAGCGAAUUUUUGUGAUGAUCACCAACUAUUAGUUAAUAUUCUAAUUCAUAAGAAGUGCUGCGAUGAUUUGUUGCUAUUAUUGGAAAUGAAUAUCAACCAUAUAAACGGCUAUAUGGAACAUAUUUUACAUAAAGACAGAUAUAAGUUCUCCGAAUUUCCUGAAGCAAGAUCAUAUGAUGACACUGUUACAUUUAUUAGCAACUAUGUACGCAUAAAUUAUCAUUUAUCUGUUGAUACGAUAAAAUUAAAAACUUCUGUUCCAAAUAUCUACUGGUCAAUAGAUCAAUAUAUAUAUUCUGAUUAUACAUCCGGCCCGCUGACGUUAUAUUAUGCGUUGCAGGAAUCAAAUUUAAUAUCUCUUUCAACGAAUAGACUUAAAUAUAUCAUUCAUGUUAUAGAUGUAAACAAAACAGUAAAUAUAUUAUGUUUAAAAAUGUGGCAUAUUUUCUUACAUUUAUUUAGCAGAACAAAGGAACUGUAUAUUGUAUUUAUAAACUCGUUAAAAUUUGAAUCGAGCGACCUAGGCUCUGUGUGUUCUAUGUGCGCACGUUAUAAACAGCAAAUUUUUGUUAGAAGCGUAUCAGGACCGUAUCAUGACUUUGUACACUUAGAUUCAUUUGAGAAACCGAACGUGAUCAUACUGUUUGAAAUAGAAUGUCUUUUCAUAGGAACAUGGUUUGAUUCUAUAGAAGCUAUAGUAGCGCAAGAGUGUCCUUUACUUUUAACCGCUGAUUCGGAAAAUACAGUGCAAGAGAAUGUAAACAAGAUAGAAAUAAAAACAGGUAUAAAUAGAAAUCGAUUAUACAGAGAAAAUAAAUUCCGCGGUUAUAUGCCACAUAGAAAUUAUACGACUGGUGGACUUUAUUACCGAAAUGCGCAUUUUAUUAUGUAUUCAUAAAUUUAAAUCACAUAACCGAACCAGUCGACGGCUGAAUGUUAUAUAUUGUUAUAUGUUAUAUAUUGUUAUAUGGCUUGUUAUAUGUUAUAUAUUGUUUAAUCCUAUUUUUAUUUUGGUAUAGCUGAUGAUACUCAAUUUUUAAUAAUAUUCGAGAAUAAAUUAUAAAUUUUUUACUGAGGUAUAUAUUCAGUCAUAAAUUAAUAGUAUUUUUGUUAAAACAUAGUUUGCUCAUUUGUCAGUAUAUAAUUUCUUAGUAUAAAGUGUGUUAGUAUAUAGUUUCUCAUUUUUUCAAAAUAUGUAAAAUAUGUUGAAUAUGAGGUAACAGAAUGCUGGCCAUAUAUAUAUAUAUAUAUAUAUAUAUAUAUAUAUAUAUAUAUAGUUUCUUUAAAUUUUACAAUUUGCCACAUUCUAUACCAUCAUUAUAGGCAAUAUUAUAUGCAGCUACGAUCAUUCUAUGCUUAUAACUAAGUAGUAUGUAUUUGUCUUAUAAAUGUAUACUUCAUUGUUCGUGUUCUGCAAGUGAUAGGUGAUGAUAGUAAUCUCAAUAUUAUAUGUAGAUUAGUUUCUUCAAACUGUGCUUUGUACUCAAUAAUUAUAACUCGCUAAUAUCAAUUUUUCCAAAUUAUCAAAAUUAUCAAAAUAUAUUAAAAAAUAUGAAAACAAACUUGGAACUGUUAGCGUCUCCCGAGUUAUCAUCUGCAAUUGUAAAUAAAAUAAAAGUUUAAUCAUAGUCGGCAAUAAAAUGUAGAUUUUUUAAUAGUAAACAUUCGUUAGUAAUUA